GGUCUGGGAGCGGCGUCUUACGGGGAUUCUUGAUCUCGCUGCGCGAGGGGGAAGCAGAACUUUGCGCGGCAAAGAGCCUCAUUUGUUUACAAGAAAGUUCCAAUAAAAUAAAACAACUAGGGAUGCUGUAAAAGGCAAGCGCCGCCACCACCCGGCAUUCCGCGUUCCCAAACCGACAGGUUCCCUCUCUCGGCCCGCGCGCCCAACGAGCCCGAGCGGGUUUGUCUCGGGGAACGGAGCUCAGUCACCGAGGGGGAAGGGGGGUCGUGAGCUCCGGGCGGGGGGCUUGCUCCCACGGAGAACGCCGCGGGACCCGCAGGUUCUGUUCCCAGCGCGCUUCCGGGAAGCUGCGGCUUCGAUGGGGAGCGACUGAUUAAGAGUGGUUUUCCGGCAAACGGGAAGUUCACACCGCAGCUUCUAGCAAAGCCGCCAGCCACUGAGCCCAGGCCGUCGGGAGAAUCGCGGCCAUUUGGCGUGACCGCGGGAGCCCAGCGACCGGGGUCGGGGUCUGAGCGGCUGGAAGGGAGCCGGCGCCCCGCCCCCCGCAAGCCCCGCCCCGCCAGGUUCCACCAUCUCCUCCCCCCUCUCCCCCCGACAGACCUUAAAAGCCAGGCGGGAUGGCGCGUUUUGACUCCAGCGUUACUGUGUGCAAACGGGCCACGCCUCGGCGACACCAGCUGUUAGAGACGCGCGGGGGUCCUGAGGGCUGGGAAUUGGCUGCACUCGUUGACUCCCAGUCUCAGUCCGCACUCUGCGAGAAAACCCCGGCUUUGCCGAGGCCCCAGGUAUAGCGGGGUUCGGCAAAGGAGGCACCUUUCUCGGCCCCCAGCCCAAUCCCAGCGCCCCUAGCUCGGACGACGUCUAGAGGCCCCAGAGUGGGUGCUCAAGCUCCCAGAGCAGCAGGUGUCCAGGCGAGGUCUCCGAUUUCCUGGAGACGUCUUGCCCUCCAUAGAGGCCCCGGCCCGAUUUCGGAGCCGUCCAUCCCGCGCCGCUGGAAACCGCGCCACCUCGCAGCGCACCGUAGCCGGACGCCCGGGGUGGGGGCGUGGGGCGCCGGCUCCUUCCUCUGCACACCUGAGCGUCACGCCUCCGCGGUUCUCUCUCCAGCAUGGCCACCACCCUCGGUGCCGACGCUCCCCUGCAGCCGAGUGCGCUGCCGUCCCAACAGACCACGCUCCUGCUGCUCCUUUCGGUGCUGGCCGCCGUGCACGUGGGCCAGUGGCUGUUGCGGCAGCGGCGGCGGCAGCCGGGGUCCGCGCCGCCGGGCCCGUUUGCGUGGCCGCUGAUCGGAAAUGCGGCGGCGAUGGGUCCGGCGCCGCACCUCUCGUUCGCGCGCCUGGCGCGGCGCUACGGCGACGUCUUCCAGAUCCGCCUGGGCAACUGUCCGGUGGUGGUGCUGAACGGGGAGCGCGCCAUCCGCCAGGCGCUGGUGCAGCAGGGCGCCGCCUUCGCCGACCGGCCGCGCUUCGCUUCCUUCCGCGUGGUGUCCGGCGGCCGCAGCCUGGCUUUCGGCCCGUACUCCCAGAGCUGGAAGGUGCAGCGGCGCGCGGCGCACAGCACCAUGCGGGCCUUCUCCACGCGCCAGCCGCGCAGCCGGCGCGUCCUCGAGGGCCACGUGCUGGGCGAGGCGCGGGAGCUGGUGGCGCUGCUGGUGCGCGGCAGCGCGGGCGGCGCCUUCGUGGACCCGCGGCCCCUGACCGUGGUGGCCGUGGCGAACGUCAUGAGCGCCGUGUGCUUCGGUUGCCGCUACAGCCACGACGACGCCGAGUUCCGCGAGCUGCUCAGCCACAACCAGAAGUUCGGGCGCACGGUGGGCGCGGGCAGCUUGGUGGACGUGCUGCCCUGGCUGCAGCGUUUCCCCAACCCCGUGCGCACCGCCUUCCGCGAGUUCGAGCAGCUCAACCGCAACUUCAGCAACUUCGUCCUCGACAAGUUCCUGAGGCACCGCGAAAGCCUGCAGCCCGGGGCCGGCCCGCGCGACAUGAUGGACGCCUUCAUCAUCUCCGCGGGAACCGAGGCGGCGGAGGGCUCGGAGGACGGCGGCGCGCGGCUGGACCUGGAGUACGUGCCGGCCACUGUCACCGACAUCUUCGGCGCCAGCCAGGACACGCUCUCCACCGCGCUGCAGUGGCUGCUCAUCCUUUUCACCAGGUAUCCUGAAGUGCAGGCUCGGGUCCAGGCCGAACUGGAUCAAGUCGUGGGUAGAGACCGGCUACCCUGCCUGGAUGACCAGCCCAACCUGCCCUACGUCAUGGCCUUUCUUUAUGAAGCCAUGCGCUUCUCCAGCUUCGUGCCCGUCACCAUUCCUCACGCCACCACCACCAGCGCCUCUGUCUUGGGCUACCACAUUCCCAAGGACACGGUGGUUUUUGUUAACCAGUGGUCUGUGAAUCAUGACCCAGUGAAGUGGUCUAAUCCAGAGGACUUUGAUCCGGGCCGGUUCUUGGACAAAGACGGCUUCAUCGACAAGGACCUGGCCAGCAGCGUGAUGAUUUUUUCCGUGGGCAAACGGCGGUGCAUUGGGGAAGAGCUUUCCAAGAUGCAGCUGUUUCUCUUCAUUUCCAUCCUGGCUCAUGAGUGCAAUUUCAAGGCCAAUCCAGAUGAACCCUCGAAGAUAGAUUUUAAUUACGGUCUGACCAUUAAACCCAAGUCAUUUCGAAUCAACGUCACUCUCAGAGAGUCCAUGGAGCUCCUCGAUAGUGCUGUCCAAAAGUUUCAAGCCGAGGAGGACUGCCAGUGAGAAGCCACAAGGAAGCGAGCUCGAAUUUUAGAAGUACUCAAGUGGGGGGGGGAUGGGGAGUAGACUUUGCUAACUCCUUGCGCCACUUUCUCAGUUAGCCUCUAGAGUGAGCAUAAAUCAACCGACCGGCAGAUGAUGUGCUUCACACAUGUGCUCAGAGGAGCACUGGGCUAUGAAGGAGCUCCUGGAAGGGUUUUGGAGCCAAAGAAUUAAAGGGUCCAAAGAAUUUUUACACAAUGAUGAGUGCUGGAAAUAGUAUCUUGGAGGGAGCAUCCUUGGGAGUUGAAACCCACAUGUGUGCACAUGCAAAUGAGUGAAUGAAGAAGAGUUUCAGUGACCAUGCCUCCGUGGGUGGGGUCCGAGAUGGAUGUUCCGCUGCUGAAAUCUGCUCCGUAGGAAAAUCGUAGUAAGCAAAGUUUCAGAAUAUAUUGUUGAAUAUGCAAAGGCAAAUAAUUUCAGUGUAAGACAUGGGAUUGAGGGUGAUAGGGGAAAAGGGUAAAGACCAGAAAUUCCUUUCUCACCUCUUCAAUAAAAAAUAGUUUAGGGAGGCUGUAGUAUCUACAUGGAUGGAUUUGUCUUUUUGCCUAGUGAUAUGCUUUCUCUUUUUUUUGCAUAAAUCAUAAAGUCAUUUGCUUAUAAAGAAAUUAAUAGUAUGGUUGAUUCAGUGAUUAUAGUAGGCUUCAAUGAUUUAUCAGGAAUUUUAAAGUGUAAGUUGUUAAAUUGUAAAAAAAUUCUAAGUCGAAGUUAUACCUUUGUUGUUGCCAAAGUACAGAAUUUCAAUGAUGAGAAAAAAAAAGAUUUACUGGCCCAGCUAAGCUUUAUAGUAUAUGAUAAUAAUGCAUUAAUUUCAGGAAGUUUCAUAGGUUAAAAAAGUCACCAAAUACUAGUCAAUAUAUUUAUAUUAUAAUUAUCAUAAGCAAUAUGUAUUAGUUAGUAGAUUAUUAAAUAGUAUUAGCUGUUUUGGUUAAGAAAAGUUUGAAUAAUGUACAUCUUUCCAAAAGAAAGACAAAUGAAAAAGUAUAAUUCAACCAAUUUGGGCUCAAAUACGUGAAAUGAGCCUAUUUUAACAUGAUGGAAACCAAGGUAAAGCAAAGUCCAUUCUCUCAUCUGCUACUUGAAUGAGAACUUAAAAAUCUCAAAAUUGGAUCUCUAAGAUGUGUUCCUUAUUACUUUAUAAGAUAUUUUCUAAAAUUAUAUUCAUAAUCUAGAAUCUUCUUGUGAGAUGAAGUUAAUAUGUUAUAAUUCCAAACUCUUGGCAUGCUUAAAUUUUAAUUAGAUUUUAGAGCCAUUCUGAUUGUUGAGUUCCAGUUGAAGUUACUGGAAAUCUAACCAUUAGCCUGGGCAAGGCAGAGAAAUUUAACCUGUGUCUGCCUGAUGAGUAGGGAAAAAUGCAAUGAAUUAUCUAGAUGUUCUCUUUAUUAGAGAACCAGGGGGGAGAUUCCCAUCAUAAUAGGCCUAGUUUCUUAAAUGAUUUUUUAAAAAUAGUGUUCAUGUCUGUGUUUUGGAAAGUCAGAAUCAGAAGGUAGUGUUAGAAGGCUGUUUUGAAGAUUGCAUCAUAUUCCAUUGGAGCCCAUCAGAUCGGGCAUGCUGUUCAGGAUGGCCGGCCUGGUGAGCAGUCACUUUGGUAACUGUGAAAACAUGAAGCCUGAAUGAAAUACGUAUGUUCCAUUUAUGUAAAGAGCCUGAAAACCUUAAAACACACACACACACACACACACACAAAAUGCAUUAUAGAAGAUGGCGAAAGUUCAAAGUAAAGGUUGGAGCUUUAACUUCAUUGCAUGUGAACUUGCAGAGGAAGAUAUAUCAUGUCCUGAAAGCUUACUGCUUCUUACAUUCUGUUAAGCUUUUUGGAAUCUUUUAAUCAAAAUUACAAAGGGAAGAGUGACGGCUGUGCAUAGGGGUGGUGA